CUCUCUCCAAGCACAAUCCUCAGAGGACAACUUCUCCAGAAGGUGCCAAAAGAAGAAAAGCCUCCUUGCUUUACCGGAUCAUUUAACCCCCCCCCGCCCCCUCAAAUCGCCGCAGCGAGAGAGGGAUUCUUCGCAUCUGUGUCCGAACAAUCCCUGCUCAGUCUCAACCGAACUUUUUUUCCCCCCACUUUCGCUCUUUGCCGUCGACCCGCUAAAAGUUUCCAUCGCAGUUCCACACACUGGUGUCACCGCCGAGCAAUAAAAAAAGAAAAAAGAAAAAGAAACGAAAGUGGACGCGGACAGGGCCAUCAUGAUGAGCAACAACUACGGCGAGGACCAGCUGCCUCCGCAGUACUACCAGGCCACGGACUUUGGGGACGAGGAGGACGACGAGAUGCCCGCCACGGAGAAGGACCUGGCCGAGGACGCGCCGUGGAAGAAGAUCCAGCAGAACACCUUCACCAGGUGGUGCAACGAGCACCUGAAGUGCGUCAACAAGACCAUCACCGACCUGCAGAGGGAUUUCAGCGACGGCCUGAAGCUCAUCUCGCUCCUGGAGGUGCUGAGUCAGAAGAAGAUGUACAGGAAGCACCACACCAGGCCCAACUUCCGUCAGAUGAAGCUGGAGAACGUGUCCGUGGCGCUGGAGUUCCUGGACAGGGAGCACAUCAAGCUGGUCUCAAUAGACAGUAAAGCCAUUGUGGACGGGAAUCUGAAGCUCAUCCUGGGUCUCAUAUGGACACUCAUCCUCCAUUACUCCAUCUCGAUGCCCAUGUGGGACGAUGAGGACGACGAGGAGACCAAGAAGCUGACCCCGAAGCAGCGCCUGCUGGGCUGGAUUCAGAACAAGGUGCCGCAGCUGCCCAUCAACAACUUCAACCGCGACUGGCGAGACGGGAAAGCCCUGGGGGCCCUGGUGGACAACUGCGCCCCGGGUCUGUGUCCCGACUGGGCAGAGUGGGACCCCAAUCAGCCCGUGCAGAAUGCCAGAGAAGCCAUGCAACAGGCCGACGACUGGCUGGGCGUCCCUCAGGUGAUCGCCCCUGAGGAGAUCGUGGACCCGGAUGUGGACGAGCACUCGGUCAUGACCUACCUGUCUCAGUUCCCCAAGGCCAAGCUGAAACCCGGCGCUUCUCUGAAACCCAAGCAGCUUUUCCCAGACAAGGUCAAAGCCUACGGACCGGGUAUUGAGCCUCAUGGCAACAAAGUCCUGCAGCCUGCCGUGUUCACCGUGGAAACUCUGGAGGCGGGCAGCGGGGAAGUCCUGGUGUUUGUCGAGGAUCCUGAAGGACACAAAGAGGAGGCCAAAGUUAAGCCCAACAAAAAUAAGAAUGGAACCUACACUGUCACCUACCUCCCAAAAGUGGAGGGUGUCCACAAGGUGAAGGUGCUGUUUGCAGGUCAGGACAUCGACAAGAGCCCCUACUCMGUCAACGUGGCUAAAGAAAUGGGCGACCCAAGCAAAGUGCACGCCCGGGGCCCAGGUUUGGAUGCUACAGGCAACGUGGCCAACAAGCCAACCUACUUUGAUAUCUACACAGCUGGCGCUGGGACCGGUGACAUCAGCGUGGUCAUCGUCGAUCCGCAGGGUAAAAAGGACACAGUGGAACUCAUCCUGGAAAAUAAGGGCGACAGUGUUUUCCGUUGCACCUAUCGCCCCGUGCUGGAGGGCCCUCACACCAUCCACGUGCUGUUCGCUGGCCAGGAGAUCCCCAAGAGCCCGUUCAAUGUCAACAUCGCGGAGGCUCCGGCAGUUGCUCCUCCCCCAGGAGCUCCUCUGCAGAUAGCUCCUCAGUCAGUGCGCACCCCUCCUGGAGCGAAGGGUGCCCCUCCCUCAAAACCUGGCCGUCCAACCAUAAACCCCAACGCUUGCAGAGCUACUGGCAGAGGGCUCCAGCCUAAAGGCGUGAGAGUGAAAGAGGUGGCAGACUUCAAAGUUUUCACCAAAGGAGCUGGCAGCGGUGCCCUGAACGUCUCUGUCAAAGGACCAACUGGAGCCGAGGAACAAGUGAAAGUGCGAGACGCCGGGAAUGGAGUGUACGAGUGCGAGUAUUACCCCCUGAGUCCCGGUAAAUACACAGUGAGCAUCACCUGGGGAGGCCAGCCAAUCGUGCGCAGCCCCUUUGAAGUGGAGGUGGGAGACGAAGCGGGUUUUCAGAAGGUGAGGGCCUGGGGCCCGGGUCUGAAGACCGGCAUGGUGGGAAAAUCUGCUGAUUUUGUGGUCGAAGCCAUCGGCACUGAAGUUGGAACUCUGGGCUUCUCCAUUGAAGGCCCGUCGCAGGCUAAAAUCGAGUGCGACGACAAGGGCGACGGCUCCUGUGACGUGCGCUACUGGCCCACCGAGCCCGGCGAUUACGCCGUCCACGUCAUCUGCGACGACGAAGACAUCAAGGACAGCCCYUUCAUGGCUCACAUUCUUCCUGCUGUUAACGAUGUGUUCCCAGAAAAGGUUAAAGCCUACGGACCGGGCUUGCAGCCAACUGGGGUCAUUGUAAACAAACCCACCGAGUUCACCAUCGACGCCCGCAUGGCUGGRAAGGGUCACCUGAAGAUCUAUGCCCAGGACGCCGAAGGCUGCACCUUCAAUAUCAAGAUCUCCGACAGGGAAGACGGCACGUUCGUGUGUGUCUACACUCCUGUCAAACCCAUUAAACACACCAUCAUUAUCACCUGGGGGGAGGUCAACGUGCCCAACAGYCCCUUCAGGGUGCUGGUUGGAGAGGGCUGUCAUCCCGACAAAGUCAAGGUCUAUGGGCCCGGAGUGGAGAAGACGGGGCUCAAAGCGAACGAGCCGACGUACUUCACCGUGGACUGCAGCCAAGCCGGCCAAGGAGACAUCAGCAUCGGAAUCAAGUGCGCCCCGGGGGUGGUCGGGCCUGCAGAGGCCGACAUCGACUUUGACAUCAUCAAGAAUGACAAUGACACCUUCACUGUCAAAUACACUCCUCCCGGCCCGGGCCGGUACACAAUCAUGGUGCUGUUUGCUGACCAGGAAAUUCCUAUCAGUCCGUUCAAAGUGAAGGUGGACCCCUCCCACGACGCUGGCAAAGUGAGAGCGGAGGGUCCUGGACUCAACAAGACAGGUGUGGAAGUGGGCAAUCCGACCCACUUCACCGUCUACACAAAGGGAGCUGGGAAGGCCAAACCUGAGGUCCAUUUUGCAGCGUCAGGUCCCGGGGAGGCGGUUCGUGACUUUGAGAUAAUCGAUAACCACGAUUACUCCUACACUGUGAAGUACACAGCUCUUCAACAGGGUAACAUGGCUAUUUCCGUGACUCACGGAGGAGAUCCCAUCCCUAAAAGCCCCUUCCACAUCACGGUGGCACCAGCUUUGGAUAUCGGAAAAGUGAAAGUGGAAGGGCUAGAUACCAGUAUGCAUCUGAUUGAGGUCCUGUACGACGGCGCGCCCUCUCCUAAGAGUCCCUUCAGAGUGUUUGUGGUGGAAGGAUGCGAUCCAACCCGUGUGCGUGCGUUUGGACCGGGUCUGGAGGGAGGAAUAACCAACAGGCCCAACUGUUUCACCGUSGAAACCAGGGGUGCCGGCACAGGAGGCCUGGGUCUGACAAUCGAGGGAGCCUCAGAGGCCAAAAUAUCCUGCAAGGACAACAAAGAUGGCAGCUGCAGCGUUGAGUACGUGCCCUUCACUCCUGGAGACUAUGACGUAAAUAUCAACUACGGAGGCCAGCCGAUCCCCGGCAGUCCGUUCCGUGUGCCGGUGAAGGACCCRGUGGAUCCAACCAAGGUGAAAUGCUCCGGUCCAGGACUGGGCGCUGGAGUGAGGGCCCACGUUCCUCAGACUUUCACAGUAGACUGCACCCAGGCUGGACAGGCGCCACUGGAUGUCAAACUCUACGGACCCACAGGCACCGUGGAGCCGGUGGGUGUGAAGAAUAACGGCGAUGGCACCCACACAGUUCACUACACCCCAGCGCAGGAUGGCCCCUACACUGUAGCUGUUAAAUAUGCAGAUCAGGAAGUCCCACACAGCCCAUUCAAGGUAAUGUCUCAGCCUGGGCACGAUGCCAGCAAGGUCCGCGCCAGCGGCCCCGGUCUAGACACCAAAGGAGUGUCUGCCAGCCUGCCUGUUGAGUUUACGAUUGAUGCCCGGGAUGCUGGAGAGGGACUGCUCACUGUGCAGAUUCUGGAYCCAGAGGGCAAGCCGAAGAACGCCACCAUCCAGGACAACCGGGACGGGACCUACACCGUGUCCUACGUGCCUGACUCCACGGGUCCUUACACAAUCACCAUCAAGUAUGGAGGAGACGAGAUUCCCUACUCUCCGUAUCGGAUCCAGUCGCUUCCCACGGGAGACGCCAGCAAGUGCCGCCUCACGGUUUCAAUUGGCGGACAUGGAGUUUCAGCUCUCCAGAAGCUGCAGACCUCUGAGGACACRGUCAUCACGGUGGAUGCCAAGGCAGCCGGGAAAGGCAAGGUGACCUGCAAGGUGCUGACUCCGCAGGGGAUGGAGCUGGACAUGGACGUGGUGGAGAAUCACGACGGCACCUUUGACAUUUACUACACGGCCCCGGAACCUGGGAAGUAUGUGAUCACUAUCCGCUUUGGGGGGGAGAACAUCCCAAAGAGCCCCUUCCACGUGGUGGCCUCAAACGAGCCGGUGGUUCCCCGUGACCCCGUGGAUCCUCUCUUUCGUCCYGUUAACUUCCUGGUGCCGUUCACGCCGCAGCAGGGAGAGAUCACAGGAGAGGUGCGGAUGCCCUCAGGCAAGACGUCCCGCCCACACAUCACCGACAACAAAGACGGCACCAUCACCAUCAAGUACCAGCCCACGGAGAGGGGCCUGCAUGAGAUGGACAUCAAAUACGAUGGGAAUCACAUUCCAGGAAGCCCGCUGCAGUUCUUUGUGGACGCCGUGAACAGCGGAGUGGUGACCGCCUAUGGUCCAGGUCUGAGUUAUGGAAUGGUCAACAGAGCUGCCACSUUCACCGUGGUCACCAAAAACGCAGGAGAAGGUGGUCUGUCACUUGCGGUCGAGGGUCCCUCUAAAGCCGAGAUCACCUGCAAGGACAACAAAGACGGCACCUGCACCGUGUCCUACCUGCCCACAGCUCCGGGAGAUUACAACAUCAUCGUGAAGUUUGACAACAAGCACAUUCCCGGCAGCCCCUUCACCGCUAAGAUCACUGGGGACGACACCAUCACCAGAACGUCCCAGCUCAACGUCGGCACGGCAGCCGACGUGUCCCUGAAGAUCGCGGAGACUGAUCUGAGCUCCCUGACUGCCAGCAUCAGAGCGCCGUCAGGCAACGAGGAGCCCUGCCUGCUCAAACGGCUGCCCAACAGACACCUCGGCAUCUCUUUCACCCCGAAGGAGGUCGGCGAGCACGAGGUGAGCGUGAGGAAGAAUGGGAUGCACGUGGCCAACAGCCCUUUCAAAAUAAUGGUCGGCCAGUCGGAGAUCGGCGAAGCCAGCCGAGUGAAGGCCUUCGGGAAAGGCCUGGUCGAGGCGCACACUUUCGAAAUGGCCGAAUUCUUCGUGGACACGAGGAACGCUGGCUACGGGGGUUUGGCGCUGUCCAUCGAGGGUCCGAGCAAAGUGGACAUAAACUGCGAAGACGUGGAGGACGGGACGUGCAGGGUGACCUACUGCCCCACAGAACCUGGGAGCUACAUCGUCAACAUCAAGUUCGCUGAAAAGCACAUCCCAGGAAGUCCUUUCACAGUGAAGGUGACCGGAGAAGGGAGGAUUAAGGAGAGCAUUACCAGGAAGAGACAGGCUUCCUCCAUUGCCUCAGUGGGCAGCACUUGUGGCCUCAACCUCAAGAUCCCAGGAAACUGGUUCCAGAUGGUUUCCGCUCAGGAGAGGCUAACCAGGACGUUCACCCGCAGCAGCCACACAUACACUCGCACGGAGCGCACGGAGAUCAGCAAGACCCGCGGCGGGGAGACCAAGAGGGAGGUGCGCGUGGAGGAGAGCACCCAGGUGGGAGGAGGAGGCGGAGGGAGCCCCUUCAGAGACGUGUUCGGAGACUUUCUGGGCAGGGAGAGCCUCAGCAGCUUCGCCGGCAUCGCCGCCAGGCCCGAGCCAGCUGCCGAGAGCGGCUCGCAGGCCAUGACGGCGCAGGUGACGAGCCCCAGCGGGAAGACGGUGGACGCGGACAUCGUGGACGGAGGAAGCAGCACGUACAGCGUCCGCUUCAUCCCGCAGGAGAUCGGACCCCACACCGUGAACGUCAAGUACAGGGGCCAGCACGUGCCGGGCAGCCCCUUCCAGUUCACYGUGGGGCCGAUGGGCGAGGGYGGCGCCCACAAGGUCCGCGCRGGAGGUCCAGGCCUGGAGAGAGGCGUUGCCGGAGCGCCGUCCGAAUUCAGCAUCUGGACCCGCGAGGCCGGCGCCGGUGGCCUCUCCAUCGCCGUGGAAGGCCCCAGCAAGGCRGAGAUCUCCUUCGAGGACAGGAAAGACGGMUCCUGCGGCGUCUCGUACGUGGUGAAGGAGCCAGGUGACUACGAGGUGUCAAUCAAAUUCAACAACGAGCACAUCCCCGACAGCCCGUUCAUCGUUCCGAUCGCUACGCUGUCAGACGAGGCCCGCAGGCUCACUGUGACGAGCCUUCAGGAGAAGGACUUGAAAGUAAAUCAGGAGGCCUCCUUCAUGGUGCAGCGCAACGGGGCGCGAGGUGCGGUCGACGCCAAAGUUCACACGCCCUCCGGAUCAUCUGAGGAGUGCUACGUCAGCGAUCUGGACGGGGACAAAAGCGCAAUCCGUUUCAUUCCACGUGAGAACGGCGUUCACUCCAUCGACGUCAAGUUCAACGGGUGCCACAUUCCCGGAAGCCCCUUCAACGUGCGAGUGGGCGAUCCGGGUCUGAUCGCCGAUCCCGGGAUGGUGACGGCCCACGGAGCCGGGCUGCUGGGAGGAACCACAGGUGUGCCCUCGGAGUUCGUGGUCAACACCUGCAACGCCGGCUCCGGCGCUCUGUCGGUCAACAUCGACGGCCCUUCCAAGGUGAAGAUGGACUGUCGAGAGUGUCCAGAAGGCUACAGGAUCACUUACACGCCGAUGGCGCCCGGCAACUAUCUCAUCACCAUCAAAUACGGCGGACCGCAGCACAUAGUGGGCAGCCCCUUCAAAGCCAAAAUCACAGGCGCCCGGCUGUCAGGGGGACACAGCCUCCAUGAGACCUCCUCCGUUUUGGUCGAAACUGUCACCAAGACCUCCAAAGUCGGCGGCGCCUACAGCUCGUCUUCCUCCGCCACCUCAGCCAAACUGACGUGCGACGCCAGCAAGGUGGUUUGUCGCGGCGCGGGGCUGUCCAAGGCUUUGGUCGGGCAGAAAAAUAACUUCACUGUUGACUGCAGCAAAGCAGGUACCAACAUGCUUAUGGUGGGCGUGCACGGACCCCUGGCGCCGUGCGAGGAGGUUUACGUCAAACACAUGGGCAACAAGCUGUACAACGUCACCUACACCGUCAAGGACAAGGGCAGUUAUACCGUCAUCGUCAAAUGGGGCGACGAUAAUGUCCCUGGGAGCCCCUACAAAGUGACUGUACCUUAAAGAAAAAGAAAAAAAAACUGCCAAAUGCAAACCAUUUUCACUCCUCCGCUCCUUUCUGAUCAUCUGCGAAACAACGGUCAAGCUUCUUCGGGUCUUCAUGCGUGAAGCACAAGAAAAAUCUCUGCUUGCAGCUUUACUGGUGGUUGAAUAUCAAAUGUGCCAAAGUUUUUUUUGUUUGUUUGUUUAUUUCAUGUACUUCAGAAGUCGAGUAAUGCACUCGAAACGUAGCUGUGCAUCCGCAGGAAUGUAGCCGGUACAGACUUCCUUAGAUUGCUUGAGUGAAGCUUGUUUAAUAAAAUGUUCUCUGUCUCGACAAAAUGCAGCCGCUAAGAGACGCUGGAGUUAUCGAAGGUAUUAAAGUGUGAUGUUACGUGGUUUUUGUAUGGUUUAAGAAUGAAAGAUUGAUUUGUUGUUGUUGUUAUUAACCUUUUUUGGUAAGUCUCUGAAGACCUAAUAAAGAUUUGUUUACUAACUUUCCUGACAAA